CUUGCACGAGCAAGGCCAGAGCGGGGCUUUCAGAUCGACCCCAAAGCCAAAGGCGCCCUGCAGGCGAUGUUCUCCUACGACGGCAUGGCCAGCCGGUGGAGGGAGCUGCACGGCAGCGACAGCUGGGCCGGCCUGCUGGACCCGCUGGACGCCGACCUCCGGCGCAGCCUCAUCACCUACGGCGAGAUGGCCAUGGCCACGCACGAGGCGUUCAUCGGCGAGCGCCGGUCCCCGAACGCCGGCAUGUGCCGGUACAGGCGCGCGGACCUGUUCCGGCGCGUGGAGGUGUCCCACCCCGGGUGGUACGCCGUGACGCGGUACGUCUACGCCACGGCCUGCGCCGACGUGCUGCACGGCGAGACGCUGCUCCGGCCGCUGUGCCGGGACGGCCGCGCCAGGGAGUGCAACUGGAUGGGGUACGUGGCCGCGGCCACGGACGAAGGCGCGGCGAGGCUGGGCCGCCGGGACAUCGUCGUGGCCUGGCGCGGCACGCAGCGGGCGCUCGAGUGGGUGGCCGAUCUCAAGCUCGCGUUCGCCUCCGCGGCGGGCAUCCUUGGGCCGGAGGGCGCCGAUGGGUCCGACCCGUCGGUGCACCGCGGGUACCUGUCGCUGUACACCUCCGCCGACCCGGGAUCGGAGCUCAGCAAGCAAAGCGCCAGGAUGCAGGUACUGACAGAGAUCGCGAGGCUAAUGGACAAAUACAAGGACGAGGAGACCAGCAUCACAGUCAUCGGCCACAGCCUGGGCGCCACCCUGGCCACCCUCAACGCCGUCGACAUCGCCGCCAACUCCUACAACAGGUUCGCCCUCAACGGCCGCCGGGCCACCCCGGUCACCGCCGUGGUCUUCGGCAGCCCGCGCACGGGUGACCGCGACUUCCGUGACGCCUUCCACCGCGUCCCGGGCCUCCGCAUGCUCCGCGUCCGCAACCGCCCCGACCGCAUCCCGCUCUACCCGCCCGUGGGCUACGCCGACGUCGGCGUGGAGCUGCUCAUCGACACGCGCCGGUCGCCGUUCCUCAAGCCCCACGGCAGCGAGUCGCAGUCGCACGACCUCGAGUGCCACCUGCACGGCAUCGCCGGGUGGCAUGGGGAGCACGGCGCGUUCGAGCUCGUGGUGGACCGGGACGUCGCGCUGGUGAACAAGUUCGACGACUGCCUGGCCGACGAGUACCCCGUGCCCGUGGGCUGGAAGGUGAACCACAACAAGAACAUGGUGAAGGGGCGCGACGGGAGGUGGGUCCUGGAGGACCAUGAACCCGACGACGACUGCGAUGACCACGACGGGGAUGGUAACUAGUGGGAUAGGAAAAAGAGCAUGACUUGGACGUCAGAUGGCUCUCUGGUGUCUUCUGCCGUUCCAUGCCAUUGCGUCUCUGUUUCUACCUUCGCGAUGAUCGUGACAACUUCGUGUGUCUUCUCUUGAUUUUUGAUCCUGCGGAUUUGGUGUUUUGUAUUACAGUGCUUUCAUCCCUCAGCUUCAAAACUGGUCAAGGUUCUUUUUCCCCUGACCCGAAAUCGGAAUUUUAACUAAACCGUUGGGCGCAAA